CUCCCGCCCGCAGCCGCUAUAAGGCUCGGCUCCGUCCCUGCGCUGGGAGAGCCGGCAUCUCCCUCCGAGGAAAGGCUGACUCGGAGGCAAGCAGGCGAGGAAACCCAGUCUUUCCCAACAGCCCUUCCCUAUCAGCCCUUCCCUAUCAGCCUUUACCUAUCAGCCCUUCCCCACCUCCCUCUGUUUUUACGCUGGCCGGUCGGGCUGAAGGGCUGCUGCAGAGAGGAGCCGCGGCGCAGGCAGCACCAGCCUCUGAGGAACCCUCUCUGUCUCCCCAGGUUUCUGAUCCCGGCGCUCGGAAGCCCUCGGUGCGAUGCCAUCCUGCCACGUGCCGAGUCUGAGGCAUCCACCCAAGUGGAUGCUCCCCCCUCUCCUCCUUUUGCUGGCUGAGCUCGCCUGCGAUGCCCAGCCCACGUACCAGUGGAAGGAUGCUGUGACGGGCGAGAGGAUCACAUGCCAGCAGUGCCCGCCGGGGACCUUCGUGGCACAGCACUGCUCCAGGGACAGAGCCACGCUGUGCGAGCCCUGCCCGGAUUUGCACUACACUCAGUACUGGAACUACCUGGAGAAAUGCCGCUACUGCAACGUCAUCUGCGGGGAGAGGCAGGUGGAGGUGCAGCAGUGCAAUGCCACGCACAACCGCGCCUGCCAGUGCCAGCAGGGCUACUACUCCAACAUGGAGCUCUGCAUCAGGCACUCCGAGUGCCCGCCGGGCUCCGGCGCUGUGAAGCCGGGCACCCCCUUUGAGGACACCCAGUGCCGUGACUGCCCCCACGGCUUCUUCUCCUCCCACUCCAGCACCAGCCCAUGCCAGCCACACCAGGACUGUGAGCAGCAGGGGAAGGUGACCAACGUGCAGGGCAACAAGUACCACGACACCCUCUGCAUGUCCUGCAGACCAGGGAGAGGCAACAGCACACAGGAAUCAGCAGCUGCAGAAGAUGACGACUGCGAUCAGGCCAUGAUAGACUUUGUGGUGUACCAGAACAUCCCCGUCAAGAAGCUGAAGCGCCUGCAGCAGAUCCUGGAGCGCUCACCAAAGAAGCAGGCAGCAUGGACCAGGGCAGCCAUCCAGGAGAAAUUCCGGGCUUUCCUCACUCACAAGAAGCAGGAGGACUCUGAAGUCACCAAGGAGCUGCUGGACGCGCUGCGCGUGGUCAAGCUCCACUCCAUCGAGGAGAAAGUCCGUGAGCGCUUCCAGCUGCCCUGAGAGCAGGAACUGGACUUUUUGGGUGCUCUUUGUUUUGGUUUUUAUCUUCUGAGGCUUCAUUAAUUUAUUCAUCUUUCCAAACAUAACUUGAAAAGUAGCAUGAGAGAUGAGCGAUGGAGUGGCAUCGUGCC